GCAGAAUUAUCAAAUAAAGAUCUAUUGAGAAAGAUUUUGAACCAACAUUGAUAAAGACAUUAAGUAGAAAAGAUGGUAGGAAUCAUAAAUUCUGCCAGGGGUUUAAGGAUUACUGUUUUGAUGAUGAGAUAUUGACAGAGGACAGUCAUCCAUGGUCAUCACUACACAAAGCCUGCUCAGAGGGAAAAGAUAGAAUAGUGAUGCUCCCUGCCCUGCUCCCAAUCUCUGUCAGCAAUGGAUCCAAAUGCAGGCUCCAUAAUAGCUGUGGCUGAAGCCUUGGUACAUAUGAUACAUACAGCCCUGCUGUUCUGGAUGAAGAUCUUUCUAUUCCAUUGUGGACUGUCCCACUUUGGGCACUCUCAAAGUCAAGGAAUCCCAGAAGUGGUGACACCCUUGAAGAUAACAGGCACUGGUGGAAGCAUGAGGCCCCCAGGCUGGACCUCUUACAGUUUGCAUUUUGGAGGCCAGACACACAUCCUCCACAUGAAAGUCAACAAGAAUUUGCUGGCUAGACACAUGCCAGUGUUCACCUACACAGACCAGGGUGCCCUCCUUGAGGACCAGCCCUUUGUCCAGAGUGACUGUUUCUACCAUGGAUAUGUGGAGGGAGACCCAGAGUCCCUCGUAGCCCUGAGUAGCUGUUUUGGUGGUUUUAGAGGAAUGCUCCAGAUACAUGACAUUGCUUAUGAAAUCAAACCUCGAAAUCGUUCUAGUACAUUUGAACACCUGGUGUAUAGGAUGGAACGUGAGGAUACAUCCCCACCCUUGAGAUGUGGAUUGACAGAUGAAGAAAUAGAAUGGCAGCUAAAGUCUCUGGAGAGUGACAAUUCCACUUUGAUGCAGAGUGGGUAUGAAGGCUGGUGGACCCACAGGCGGUAUUUAGAACUGGCAGUGGUGGUGGAUCACAACAGGUAUCUCCAUAGCAACAGCAAUAUCUCAAGUGUGUAUGCAGAUGUAUGCACUGUUCUGAAUGGAAUAGAUUUCUUUCUAAAAUCAGUGGAUGUGGAGGUGAUUUUAACUGGAAUUGAGGUCUGGACUAACCAAAAUGCCAUGGUAUUACCUAGCGACAUCAGCCCUAUGUUAACAAAUUUUUGCACAUGGAAGAAAACCAGCUUUGCUAAUCGUGUGCCACAUGAUAUUGUUCAUCUUUUUGUAAAGAUGUAUUUCCAAGGAGUGCUUGGCUUAGCCUUUAUAGCAUCAAUUUGUAAUGAUGACUAUAACUGUGGAGUUGACAGUUUUAUGAAUGACAAGCUUCAAGAAUUUGCCUUUAUUGUGUCACAUGAACUGGGUCACAACAUGGGGAUGUAUCAUGAUAAUAACUUAUGUACAUGUGGUGAUAUAGACUGCAUAAUGAUGCCAAGUAGAUCUGAUGCAACGAAAUUCAGCAACUGCAGUUAUUCUUCAUUUUGGACUCUUACCACAGAUGAAGGAAAGUGCUUUUUCAGUCCACCAAAGCAUGAUCAACUCUUCAAAUACCCACGCUGUGGAAACCAUGUGACUGAGCCACAAGAAGAAUGUGACUGUGGCUCCUUAAAGUUGUGUGCAAAAGAUCCAUGUUGUCAGUCAAACUGUACUCUGAGACCUGGGGCUAACUGUGCUUCUGGGCUUUGCUGCAAAGACUGCAAGAUCUUGCCAGCAGGCACAGUGUGUAGAGCAGCCGAAAACAUAUGUGAUCUCUCAGAAUGGUGCAAUGGGACAUCCUAUCUUUGUCCAGAGGAUGUGUAUGUGCAGGGGGGCACGCCAUGCCCAGGUGGUUACUGCUAUGAAAAGAGAUGCAAUAAUCGUGAUGAACAGUGUGGGAAAAUUUUUGGUAAUGGAGCCAAGAAUGCAAAUGACAGAUGCUACCAAGAGAUGAAUACACGAGGUGACCGCUUUGGUCACUGUGGUCUAGAUGAACAUACGUAUGUACGAUGUAAAGCUAAAGAUAUACUGUGUGGAAGGGUUCAGUGUGUGAACGUGGAUAAAAUUCCUCUUCUGAGUAAUCACAGUACUGUGCAUUGGACCUCUCUUGAUGGCAUCGCCUGCUGGGGCACUGACUUCCAUUUUGGGAUGACUAUUCCUGAUAUUGGUGAAGUGAAAGAUGGCACAGAAUGUGGUGCAGAGCAUAUCUGCAUUGAAAGGAAGUGUGUCCCUAUGUCAGAUCUGACAAGUCCUUGUUCAAGUGAAUUCUGUAAAAUGAAUGGAGUCUGCAACAAUAAAGACCAUUGCCACUGUAAUUUUGGAUGGAGUCCCCCCAACUGUGAGCAUCCAGGUCUUGGAGGUAGUGUUGAUAGCGGCCCAGCCCCCCAAAUAACUAACACAUUUAUGAAACAAUUUUGGUUGCUUCGUUUAGUACUUUUUUUGAUAGUUGCAUUAAUUUCGACUGGUUUGAAGUACUGUGAAACAAGAAAAUUAAUGAAGGAGGCUGAAGAUGAAGAGAUGAAAAAGACCCAUGAAACAAUAAAAAUAAAUGAUACCAAAGGCAUCACAGAGACAAAUAAGAGGAAAGAAACUAAAGACACCAGAGAGACAAAAUUGACCAAGCACAUAGAGAUUAUUGAUACAAAAGAAAGUAAUCAGCCUAAAGUGAAAGAAAAAUCUUCAGUUGCACCUAAAAUAGAAAAACCAGCAUCUAUGAACCAGAAAGUAUUGCAAACACAGAAAUCACAAAGACAGAAAUCCCAAAAAUUAUGAAUUUUCUAUGUAUUAAGUUCUUGAUUCCCUGAAAUAGUAAUUUUGCAACAUGUGUCAACUUUCAUUGACAGAAAAUCCCAGAGAUUUUUCAUUGUUUGGAUUCAUAAGUAUU